AUUUACCCAGAGUACACCAGUAGCAAACUGACGGAUAUGGCGCAGGGGCAUCGCUGAACAUCGAAGGGGAUUUAAUUCCGUGGAAGUUUCUGAAAAGGUGUCGGAGUACUAAAAUGCAUGUGUGAAAUGGUCUCACUAUCGGAAUCUUGGACGACUACGGCAUCAUUGAUGAAUAAAACGUGGCUGGGGUUAAGGAAUACCUUCCAUUGCAUUCAUAAACAUUUCUUUAGGACUCACAACCCUUGAGUUGUCUGUGAUACAGAUAAACAGCAACUAAUUCAUUUUGUUCAACACACAAUAAGAUGGCUGGAAGAGUAACAAGGAGUAGCGAUUUAGCGCUAGAUGUUGGCAGACUUCAAGAGGAACAUAAAAAGGUGGUGAAAGGAUGUGAGGGCCAGAUUGAACACUGGCAAAAAGUGGUAAAGGACUAUGAUUCUCUUCAGGAGCGCCUCCAAACCCUCCCCGACCAGCUGUCGUACGACAUCACGGUACCGUUUGGGCCUUUGGCCUUCAUGCCAGGAAAGCUGGUUCACACCAAUGAGGUCACUGUUCUGUUGGGUGACAACUGGUUUGCCAAGUGCUCUGCCAAGCAAGCUCAGGACCUAGUGGAACACAGAAAGAAAUGUGUGAAGCACACACUUGAUGACUUGCACAAAGUGGUGAAGAACUUUGAAAACCGAGGACGCUUCACUAAAGACCUGGAGAAGCUCUCAGGGGGCAAAGGGGACUAUGUGGACAUCAGAGAGGAGGUGGUGAACGAGGAAACAUUGACCAAAGGGAAGCGGCGCCUGGCCCACAAGCCCCACUCUAAGCCCAAGAUUGAGCACGUGGUGACUCUGGAGGAGGAACAGGAGGUUGAGGUCGAGGACUUGGUGGGAGUAGGAGGAUAUGAAAGUGGAGACGGCUGCACGGGCGUUCUGUCCGAAGAGGAGCUCUUGGCUCGGCUGGAUGCAUUAGAGGCUCAGGAAGAGCAACAAGACGAACGUGACCGGAUGUGUGACAGCACGGACACAAAUGGGGAGGACACCUCGUCUUCCUCAGAGGAGGAGAAGGAGAGGGAGGUCACGGGCGAGUCGAACAGCAGCCCUCCAGAACAUUGUGCGACCACCAACACGCACAGCAGCCAGGUCAACGGACUCUUGCACACACACCCUGAGGAGGAGGAGGAAGACGAGGGAGAAGAGGACCCCAACGCUCUUCCCACCAUCUACUUUUCUCACACCGUGGAACCCAAGAAGGUGCGGAUCAACACAGGGAAAAACACCAUGCUGAAGUUCAGUGAGCGGAAGGAGCAGAAGGAACAGGCCAAGAAGAAGAAGAAAAAUGGCAAAGCCAACAACCACACGCGCCGCGAACACCACAAGAUCACCUCACCAGCAGACAUUUACAGGUUGUUUGUGGAUGUGGUGAAUGGCGAGUUGAUCCCACGCAAGUCCAUCCUGAAGUCUCGGAGCCGUGAGAACAGUGUGUGUAGCGACACUAGCGAGAGCAGCACAGCUGACUUCGAGGAGCGCCGCUCAGCCCUGGGCCGCACAUUCAGCCACGAUGACGUCAUGUACAGCGACACCAGCGACUGCGUCACCGAGGACGACAGCCCUCCUGGCAUCCCACUGCAUGCUGGGAGCCGCUUCGAGGCCUUCUCUGGUACAGUGGUGGAGAAAGACCCAAUGCCCUCCUCCAUACCCCAUCUGACCUUUGCCCCGCCCGCUUUACCCACAAUCCUUGAGCGCAAGUCAGAGGAGCUGUGCACCGAGACCCCUCAGGAGCCACCCAAGCGAGUGUCCAAAUUCAAAGCUGCCCGGCUGCAGCAGAAAUGAGAAGAGACACACACACACACACACACACACACACCUUUUUUCUUUACGCAGCCCUCAGCUCUAUGCCCCUGUACUCUUUGAUCCUCGUCAUCCACCUCAUGUAGGCCUUUUUCCAUUUCGCUUUACCCAUCCUUCCAGACCAUGUAAGCACUGUAGUCAUGUUUUCUGACCAAACUGCCUUACAGCAGGUCUUUCUAGAUGCUUCCAGUCAUUCUAACGAUCAGCUCAACCUAUUGCCUUGCUGUGAGAGAGAAUAAUAAUAAGGCAAGGCGAUGGCUUUCGUCGGACCGAUCUCCAUAAGAUCACAACCCUCUAUGUGUGUUUCCUCACCCUCGGCUCAUAGUCUUUUCCAUCUUAAAAAGUGCAUGUUCCGAUCCUCUGUGUGUUUCCUCACCGUCGGCUCAUAGUCUUUUCCAUCUUAAAAAGUGCAUGUUCCGAUCCUCUGUGUGUUUCCUCACCCUCGGCUCAUAGUCUUUUCCAUCUUAAAAAGUGCAUGUUCCGAUCCUCUGUGUGUGUCCUCACCAUCGGCUCAUAGUCUUUUCCAUCUUAAAAAGUGCAUGUUCCGAUCCUCUGUGUGUGUCCUCACCAUCGGCUCAUAGUCUUUUCCAUCUUAAAAAGUGCAUGUUCCGAUCCUCAUCCGUACAAGACACUAGAAUGCCAUGAUUCAUUUCUGUGGCGGUUUUGCUGAACAAGCUUUGUUUCUCACUGUAGUGGGAUGUCCCACCGUCAGUGACUGGUUGUAAUGUUCACAUGUGAAGCUCACUGAGGAGACUAGGCUGACCGUCUGAUUCCCCACCACCAUCACCAUUUCCAGAGGGCCUUUCUAUGUGUGAGCGGGCAGUGGAAAUCGACUGCAAUAUCCCUUCUACUCCCCUACCCCUCAGUUUCUCUGCUCUCAGCUUUUGUAGACCAGUUUUGUAGAAGACAGUAGUUUUGUACACUCACACACACAAACCUGACAUUCUUUCACGGAUGUGGAGAUGUUCUGUAUCAUAUUGAUGUGUUUUAUUAGAUAGUAGGUAGAUCACGCUCUUCUUGCAGCUUCUGUGCUGGUGUCUGACAUAUGCAAUGUGCUGCUGUCGCCUUGCUGCUACGCCUCCCUGCUCUUUUCAGCUCUCGUAUAUGUUACCCUACUGUAGAGAUGGAGGUGUUCUUUGUAUAAGUAGUUAUUUUUGCGCCCCAAAAUCCUGAAUUAGUUUAUUAACAAUAAUAGUCUGAGGGCGAUAAUGAAUUGGCCAAGCCCCGGGAUUUGUAUUAACACAAGGUUUGUUAUGGGAGAUUCACGAAGUUGAUAUUUUGUUGUGGGUUUUUUUUGUAUCCUCUACACUACGUUUCUGCUGAUUGAUAAGACAAUGGCUUCAAUACCAAACAGCCUCCUUGCACCCCUUCUCCGCUCUCUCCUAGUCUUUUGACCAUUUUGAAUGUGGUGUACACCAACUCUGUUAUGACUGAAAAAAAAAAUUGUUGCUGUGAUCCGGAGAAGGACAAAAAAUAAAUACUUUUUGCUGGAAA